UGUUAAAUCCAGGAUCGAGGCGGUCUUAUAUCUCAAAGAAGGCAAUUCGUAAGUUGCAUACGGGAAUGAAGGCAAAGGAUUUACCUAGACCUAUCAUGUCUAUACUGGCUGACAAGAGCACGAUCACUGUCUCUCAAUACGUCGAUCGUGUUAAGUGCUAUUUCAGGAGAAAGGAAGGUAAGAGGAUUAUUCUACACAAGAUAUCCUUCCUAAUUGAGAAGAAUUUACCCUUUGACAUAAUUCAGGGUAUGGAUUGGCAUGAGGACGCCGACCUAGAAGUCAAGUUCAAAGAUAAAAUUGUCAAACUCCAGGACGAGAAGUCUGAAUUGCGUGCGAUAAAGUUGUAUCAUAAGUAUGGCUCUGACUCUACUCUGUCUUUCUAUUGUAUGAGUUACCCAGCUUUCCGAUCAAUGGUAGUAAAAAAGAAGUUGGAUCAUGAGGUGAUGAUGGUACUUGUCAAGCGAGUAGCUCAGCAGUCUAAGAUCCUGGUUGCUAUCCAGAGCUUGACUGCUCAGCUGACAGCCGCCAAGCUGAUUGCCCAUCAGCUCCCUCUGCUGAAACCCAAACCUUCUCCUCCUUCUUCGCCCCCUUCUACUCCCCCUGGUUCAGCACAUUCAUCCCGGUCACCAUCCCACUCCCAAAAGGCCUCAGCAAAGGCUACCUAUGCUGCUGUUACUGGAGGAGACUACAGAGGUCCCAAGAUCCCUGCUCCCAACAAGUUCAGGGGUGAUGACCCCAAGACCGAUGUUGGGGACUGGGCUGCUGGGACGAGAGCUUACUUGAGGGGAUUUGUCUGUGCAGAACAGACCAAGGUGGCGACUGUUCUGGGGCUGCUGGAAGGGCCUGCACUAAAGUGGGCCACUUCCACUUCCAGCAGUCUACAGCAGUCCCUGGAGGACUGGGCUUUUGGGCUUGGGGUGGACAGAUUUCUGCAGGCCCUGGAGGACAGAUUUGCAGACAAGGAGCGAGCCCGCAAGGCUGCUGACAGGAUUGCUCGCCUGGGACAGUCGCGGUACACUGGGACUCUGCAGGUGUUGUUUGCUGAGUUUGAGCAACUCACCUCCACCCCUGGGUUGGUCAUGUCUACUGACGAUCUGCUGACCAACUUUUGCAGGGCAGCGCCUGAGAAAUUUGUUGUUGCACUGUACAGCGCUGGGCACAAGGACUGGAGGUCCUUUGGCCGCGCAGCCCUGGAAACGGAGGCCAAGCUCCAUCAGGCGGUAGAUCAGUAUGCUGAUCUGAUGCAGGAGCCCUUUGGGUUACCCAACCGACCGACCAAGCAUCACAUCAAGCUGCUGCCUGGAGCGGUCCCUCCCAAGGGUCGCAUCUACAGGAUGUCCCCUGCUGAGUUUGAGGAGCUCAGAAAGCAGCUUGAGAACCUGACCAGCAAGGGUUGGAUCAGACCCAGCACUUCUGAAUUCGGUGCACCUAUUCUCUUUGUGCCCAAAGGGAACGGCGAGUUCAGAAUGUGCAUUGACUACAGGGGUCUCAAUAAGAUCACUAGGAAGAGUACUGAGCCACUUCCUAGGAUCGAUGACCUCCUAGACAUGGUGCAGGGCUGCAUAGUGUUCAGCAAAGUCGACCUCAAAUCUGGCUACCACCAGAUUGAGAUGGCAGAGGAGGAUGUCUAUAAGACAGCCUUCAAGACCAGGUAUGGGACUUAUGAGUUCCUGGUCAUGCCAUUUGGACUUUGCAACGGCCCAGACACCUUCCAGACAGAGAUGCACCGCAUCUUCAGGCCUUACCUGGACAAGUUCAUGGUUGUCUACCUGGAUGAUAUCUUGGUAUUCAGCCGGACUGCCAGGGAACAUGCGGAGCACUUGGCUCUUGUUCUUCAGUCGUUACGUGACAGUCAGUAUAAGAUCAACAGAGAGAAGUCCUCUUUUGGAGUUUCCUUUGUCAUCUAGCUGGGUCAUGUAAUCUUUGGAGAUGGUCUGGCUCCUGAAGCAGCCAAGAUUGCUGCUAUUCAGGAGUGGCCUCAGCCUCAGACAGU